UUAGGAAAGUCUCUGCUGUGUACUGAGUAAAUCUGAUGUGUAAAUAAUCGCAGUUAAAUGAGUUUAUAUGAAUAAAAUAAUAAAUGUAGGAGCAGGUUAGUAUCAGAGCCUGGAUCUGGUGCUGUUCUGGACAGAGAUGGACUUUAGGGUGAAGUUUCCUCUGCACUGGCUGGUGUGGGAGAAUGAUUACAGACAGCUGGAGAAACACAUUCCGACGAACAACAUCGAGGAGGUGGAUCCGAGAGGUCGGACGGCGCUGCAUCUAGCCGUGUCUCUCGGUCACCUGGAGUCGGUGCGAGUGCUGCUGAGACACGGAGCCGCGGUCACUGCAGAGAACGCCAAGAACUGGACCGUGCUGCAGGAAGCCGUGAGCACCGGAGAUCCUGAGAUGGUGCAGCUGGUUCUGCAGCGGCGUGAUUACCUCAAAGCCUCCACGGCCCUGGCAGGAGUUCCAGAGCUUCUGUGCAAGAUCAAAGAGUUUUCAGAUUUCUACAUGGAGAUGAAGUGGGAGUUCACCAGUUGGAUCCCGCUGGUGUCGCGUGUGUGCCCGAGCGACGUGUGUCGGAUCUGGAAGAGCGGUGCCAGCCUGCGUGUGGACGCCACGCUGCUCGGGUUCGAGAACAUGACGUGGAUCAGAGGGAGGCGGAGCUACAUCUUCAGAGGAGACGAGAACUGCGCUGAGCUGAUGGAGGUCAACCACGAUGACCAGCUGGUGGACACCGAGCGCUUUGACAUCACGCGGGAGCUGGACGAGGUCACGCUCGACUCCAUGCAGCCCGACCAGCAGGAGGUGGCCAAGCGGCUGACCACGCCCGUCGUCAACACCUACCUCGACACCAAGGACAUCUCCUUCGAAAGGUGUAAAUCAGGAAUCUGGGGCUGGAGAACCGACAGAACAGAAGCGGUGAACGGAUUUGAAUCCAAGGUUUUCUCGGUCAACAACGUGAACGUGGUGAUUCGGACGAGGACGGAGCACCUUACUGACGAGGAGAAGGCCAGGAUCAAAAGUGAGAGAAACGUUCUGGAGUCGUUUCUAGGAACGGUAGAGCAGCAGAUCAGCGCCCAAGGGGAUCUGACUCUGGAAUACGCCACAGCCACCAACCCAACCGCCAUCACACCGGAGGAAUAUUUCAACCCGGACUUUGACCUGAAGGACCGAGACAUUGGAAGACCCAUCGAGCUCACCAUCAGAACCCAGAGGUUCAAGGGCACACUGUGGAUGAGCGAGGAACACCCCCUCUCCUUGGUGGAACAGGUGACUCCCAUUAUCAACCUGAUGGCUCGUACCAGCACACACUUCGCCCGCCUCAAAGACUUCGUCACGCUCCGCUUCCCCCCAGGCUUCCCCGUCAAGAUCGAGAUUCCACUCUUCCACGUCCUUAAUGCUCGCAUCACGUUUGGAAAUGUGAACCAGUGCAGCACAGAUGAGCCCGUCGAUGGCAGCACAUCAAGCACUACACCCUCACCCACUGAGGAAGACCAACAAGAGAGCGGUAAUGCUUCAGUGGACGACACCCCGUUCCGUGUCUGCCCCUCUGUGUUCACCGUUCCCGCCCAGUACCAUCAACGCGGCGGCAGCCGACACACCAGCACACGCCACAAUGUCAACAACGACGAGGAGCUGCUGCAGUACGCCAUCCACCAGAGCCUGCUGGAGUCCAGCGGCCACGACGGACAGGAAUCAUGGGGCAACUCUAAUGGGCAUUUGUCAUGCGGCAUGAUGAGCAGCCCAAGUGAAGGGAGCGUCCCAGAAGGAGUCCUCGUCGACUUAGGAGACGUCACGCCGACCAGCAGCGUCUCCGCCUCCAGUCCGGAUUCUGAUCUCCAGCUGGCCCUCAAGCUCUCCAGUCAGGCUCAGGAGGAAGAGGAGAAGAGGCGGAGAGAAGAGGACGAGGAGCUGGAAAAGAUUCUGCAGCUCUCGCUCCAGGAGAAAUGACCAAGGGUUUACCUGAUGUUCCUCAGAUCCUUUCAUCUGCACUCGACUUCCACUUCCUGUCCUUCGAUUAAUAUAUCUGCAUAUAUGGCGUUUAGAUAAACAAAAGUUCAUUUUGAUAGAAUUUCCUUAAAUAACAUGUAAUUUAUACUGAUAAGAAGUUUAUUUUUUACUUUAUUUUCUUUACCUCUCCUGGAACGAUGCUGCUGCUGCUGCGUCUCAGAGAGGAACUCUUAGCUGCUUUCUAACAGAGUGUGUGGAAGUCAUUGAAACACCAAACCUGCUGUGUAUGUGUUCAUGAAUGGGUGAAAGUGUGUGUGGUUAUGAGAAAAUAAUCUCAGGGUUCUUUCGGUUCCUCAGACAUAGAUAUGAAAAUACUCUGGGAGCUGCUGAACGUCUGCCAAUGAUAGUUCCAACCUGUUCAUCUCAAACACCUGAGUCUUAAACGAGCUUAAUUAUUGUAGAUCCUCAGGUGAUAAUCUUGUAUGAGAUUAUAGAUACCCCUACAGUAUUGUUCUAUUCAGGAGGAGGCUGUCAGCUUUGUUACAUCAUAAAGCCACGACAGGACACAUCUCUACUCCAGGUUUGUUAGAAGCACCACCAUAAUCACAUACCUGGUUCACACGAGCACCUUCAUUCCUGAAGCAAUACUGAAACCAACGUGCCUCCUCGUGAAGAUCAAGCGAGCUGAAAGAUCUAGUGUAGGCGACCACAGACCUUCUCAUUUUAACCCACACUUGUCUAAAGUGUUUUUAUUAAUGUGGUUUAAAUGGAGAACGCUUCAACCCAGUUUCAGUAAAUACGUUGAAGGUGUUUUGCUUCGGCUUCCUUUUCAAAAGCUGGGAAUGAUUUUGGCUUCUUCAUUCUGAAUGUUUCCUGGGCUGGUGGGAUUGCAGAGAUCUGGGAUGCUUAUUACUGUUCCUACUUUUUAUACUACUUGGUUACUUGGGAUGUUUUGUUUCUGUGCCAUAAAUGUGACAACUUGGUUUGCAUUUAAAUACUGCUUCACACCUUGUCCACUUCCCCUCAUGUAUUUAUUUUGCUCAUCAUGUUAUUGGUUGUGCCAAAAGUCCAAGAGCUGCUGGCACUGUAAUUCCUAAAAUGCAGUGUUUCCACAGACCUACUGAUAGAUUAAAAGCCUGAUUGUACAUUUUUGCCAGCUAAACACUUUCCUAAAUCCACUUUUUGUCGCAUAGCUUUUUUAGCAUCCCUCUUUCAGUAGUUUAGUUAGCAAGCCACAUAUGUAGCAUUGGUAAACUACACAGAUGUGGAGGGAAGUCGACAAGGGUCUUUAAAGAGUACUUAAAUGUUCCACCUGUACUGAUGUAGCAAAACAACUUUUACACUCCUAUAAGCUGCUGUUUAUUAUCACUGAAGAAACGAUUCUGUUCUGCAAUGUGAUGAGCAUCAUUUGAUAAAAUCUACACCCACAUGUUGGCACACAGUAGCUUAUCUGUGGAUGUGUUUGCCAGCAGUGGAAAGGCAGUGUUCCUUUUAUUUCUGCUGUUUUCUUGGCUUUUCAAGAAUUAAUUGCCAAACAUGAUGAUUUUACCACAUCAGGGUUUACUGAUAACUGAUCUCAAAAGCUAAUUAAGUGUAUAAUAAACCGAGAGUAUGUGGUGAAAUUUAACCAUGGUGAAAUGCAGAUGGCAUUUAUAAACUAAUGUCCAAAGUAAUAAUGUUUUCACUUAAAUAAAAGCACUUUAUAAGAUUUA